CAUGCGCGCGGGGCGCUGUGACCCGGCUGGGGAAGCCCUCGGCGGUGGCCAUUUUGGCGGCGCCUCUCUCCGGCCUGCUCAGUUACCACGUGAACCGCCGCCUGGGACUCGGCGCGGGGCAGGGGGAGCCCGGCGCGCGUACGGCGGCCGGGAGGGGCCGGGCCGGCGGCCGGCGGGAGCGCGGAGGGCAGGCGGGCGGGAGGGGGGGGGGUGGGGAGGCCGUGGCGGCGGCGGCGGCCAGACUCCGGCGGGGAGGCUCCCGGCAGCGGCGACCGAGCGACGGCAGCGGGACGCAGCCCGCCCACCCCCUCCACCCCCCCGGAGCCUCUCGGCGGCGCCGGAGCUAGCGGCGGCGGCGGGCCGGGCGCGGCGGGACGAUGCCGUCGGUGAGCCUGCCGCCCAAGGAGAACGCGCUCUUCAAGCGCAUCCUGAGGUGUUAUGAACAUAAACAGUAUAGAAAUGGGCUGAAGUUCUGUAAACAGAUCCUUUCUAACCCAAAGUUUGCAGAACAUGGAGAAACUUUGGCGAUGAAAGGACUAACGUUAAACUGUCUAGGGAAGAAAGAGGAAGCAUAUGAACUUGUUCGUAGAGGCUUAAGGAAUGACUUAAAGAGUCAUGUCUGUUGGCAUGUGUAUGGCCUUCUUCAGAGGUCAGACAAGAAGUAUGAUGAAGCUAUCAAAUGUUAUAGAAAUGCACUGAAAUGGGAUAAAGACAAUCUUCAGAUUUUGAGAGAUCUUUCUCUGCUACAGAUUCAAAUGAGGGAUCUUGAGGGUUACAGGGAAACAAGAUACCAGUUGCUUCAGCUCCGACCUGCACAGCGAGCAUCGUGGAUUGGUUAUGCUAUUGCUUACCACCUGCUGGAAGAUUAUGAAAUGGCAGCAAAAAUCUUAGAGGAAUUUAGGAAGACACAGCAGACAUCACCUGAUAAAGUGGACUAUGAGUACAGUGAACUGCUUCUGUAUCAAAAUCAAGUCCUCCGGGAGGCAGGACUAUAUAAAGAAGCUUUGGAGCAUCUUUGUACGUAUGAAAAGCAGAUCUGUGAUAAAUUGGCUGUUGAAGAAACUAAAGGAGAACUUCUGCUCCAACUUGGCAGGCUUGAAGAAGCAGCUGAAGUCUACAAAGGAUUACAAGAAAGGAAUCCUGAAAACUGGGCCUACUACAAAGGCCUAGAAAAGGCACUUAAACCAGCCAAUAUGUUGGAGAGGCUAAAGAUCUAUGAAGAGGCCUGGACUAAAUACCCAAGAGGACUAGUUCCAAGAAGAUUGCCGUUAAACUUUUUGUCAGGUGAAAAGUUUAAGGAAUGUCUGGACAAGUUUCUAAGGAUGAAUUUCAGCAAAGGUUGUCCACCAGUCUUCAAUACUUUGAGGUCAUUGUACAAAGACAAGGAGAAGGUGGCAAUUAUAGAAGAGCUUGUGGUAGGUUAUGAAACAUCUCUAAGGAGCUGCAGGUUAUUUAACCCAAAUGAUGAUGGUAAAGAAGAACCUCCAACCACUUUACUCUGGGUCCAGUACUACUUGGCUCAACAUUAUGAUAAAAUUGGACAGCCAUCCCUGGCUCUAGAAUAUAUAAAUGCUGCUAUAGAAAGUACUCCCACUUUGAUAGAACUCUUCCUUGUGAAGGCAAAAAUCUAUAAGCAUGCUGGGAAUAUUAAAGAAGCUGCAAGGUGGAUGGAUGAGGCUCAGGCUUUGGACACAGCAGACAGAUUUAUCAACUCCAAAUGUGCAAAAUAUAUGUUGAAAGCAAACUUCAUUAAAGAAGCAGAAGAAAUGUGUUCUAAGUUUACGAGGGAAGGAACCUCGGCGGUAGAGAACUUGAAUGAAAUGCAGUGCAUGUGGUUUCAGACAGAAUGUGCGCAAGCUUACAAAGCAAUGAAUAAAUUUGGAGAAGCACUUAAGAAAUGCCAUGAAAUUGAGAGACAUUUUGUAGAAAUCACAGAUGACCAGUUUGACUUCCACACUUACUGUAUGAGGAAGAUUACGCUUAGGUCUUACGUGGACUUGCUAAAACUAGAAGAUGUACUUCGACAACAUCCAUUUUACUUCAAGGCCGCACGAAUUGCCAUAGAGAUAUAUUUGAAGCUGCAUGAUAAUCCCCUAACAGAUGAAAAUAAAGAACAUGAGGCUGAUACAGCAAAUAUGUCUGACAAGGAGCUAAAGAAGCUACGAAAUAAGCAGAGAAGAGCUCAGAAGAAAGCACAGCUGGAGGAGGAGAAGAAAAAUGCUGAGAAAGAAAAGCAACAGAGGAAUCAGAAAAAGAAGAAAGAUGAUGAUGAUGAAGAAAUUGGAGGUCCAAAAGAAGAACUUAUCCCUGAAAAACUGGCAAAGGUUGAAGCACCUUUGGAAGAAGCCAUUAAAUUUUUAAUGCCGCUGAAGAAUUUAGUGAAGAACAAAAUAGAUACUCAUCUUUUUGCCUUUGAGAUUUAUUUCCGAAAAGAGAAGUUCCUUCUGAUGCUUCAGUCUGUGAAGAGAGCAUUUGCUAUUGACUCCAGUCAUCCUUGGCUUCACGAGUGUAUGAUUCAUCUCUUCAGCAGUGUAUCUGAAAGUAAGGAUCUGCCAGAUGCAGUCAGAACAGUGUUAAACCAAGAAAUGAAUAGGCUUUUUGGAGCAACUAAUCCAAAGAACUUCAAUGAAGCUUUCCUUAAAAAGAACUAUGACUCACUACCACAUAGGUUAUCAGCUGCCAAAAUGAUGUACUAUUUAGAUCCUUCCAGUCAGAAAAGAGCAGUAGAGCUGGCAAUGACCCUGGAUGAAUCCCUCACUAACAGAAAUCUUCAGACUUGUAUGGAGGUAUUAGAAGCUUUAUGUGACGGUAGCCUUGGAGACUGUAAAGAAGCAUCUGAAACUUACAGAGCAAAUUGUCAUAAGCUUUUCCCUUAUGCUUUGGCUUUCAUGCCCCCUGGAUAUGAAGAGGAUAUGAAGAUCACAGUUAAUGGAGAUAGUUCUGCAGAACCUGAAGAACUGGCCAAUGAAAUAUGAACAACUUUAUUGGAAAAAAAUAACAUUGGACCAUAUCUGGUGUAUAAUAUUUUUGUCACGCACCUGCUGAAUUGUUCUAACUUACACAGAGAAUGGAAGGAAAAAAAAACGUUGCCUUCAAAUAGUUUUACUUUUUUUAUCCUGCUGACAAAGUAUAUAUAUAAAAUAUCUAACAUAUUACUGGAUAUAGGUUGUUCGGUUUCUUAAAAAUUAAAAGCUGCUAAAAUUGAAGAAAAAAACCCUUAUCCUUUCCUACCUACCCAUGUUUUUAAACUAAUUUAUAUAAAAUCUGGAGGCUCAUAGCCGUCAGAGCAGGUGUGUGGCAGAAAUAUUACUUUAAAAUUGUCUUGUGAGAUUACUGUUAUCUCAGACAGCAAAAAUGCUGUUUUAGCACUGGAUUCUUUCACUGAGCACAAAGAGUUGUUGGGGCUUUAGCAUCUGACUGAUUUUGAUACGGGAUGAUUCUGUCCAUAGGAAGUAUGCAAUGUGAAUCAGAAUAUACAGAGAAACCUACAACAUACAUGUGAUGUUGUGGAAGCUGGGACAUACAGAUACCAAGCAGAAUUAAGAAACAUAGUGUGUUCAAUAAGCUUGUUGUGUCUCUGAAAUUCACUGUACACGAUCAGUUUGGUGUUCUUGCACCACAGUUUUUAACUGAAGGAACCAGUUAAAACUAUAUCUGUAUUUGAAUUAAAAUUAGGGGGGUGGGCUGGGGGGAAUCAACGUUGCUGUUUUUGAGAUGAACCUAGCAGCAUAGGUUGGCCAAACUUUUUAAAACUGUAAUGCAAGAACCAAAUAAAAUUAUGCACUGUGAUGUGGCACCAACUAAUUAGAAAGAUAGCAUGCAUUUUUCACGUAGAGUGAAAAUAAAAUGAGAACAUACUAUGGCUUGAAGUUGCAAAGAGAAGAACUCCUGACUACCAUUUUGACUGAUCAAGAGACUAAUAGUUUAAAACCUCAGCAGGCCUUGUACACGUUAUGCAGAAAAAAAAGUGCUGCAGUUUAGAUACCUCUGGAACUUUUCCACAGUGUCACAGGUUUGUAAUACUUGAAGCCCUACAUUUCUAAGAAUAUAUUUCUUGCUCAGUUGUUUCAGGCAAGCCCAAGACUUUGUAACUUUUAAGGGGCCCAAGAUUUUUUUUCAAUAACAGACCAGCUUCUUAUUCCUGCAGUUACAGAUGUAAUUUCCUUUGUCAAACAUAAGGUACCAAAUAUAAUGCAAUAAAAUGUUUUGAAAAACAA